AUGCUGCCUCUGCGUAUACCAUCUGUUUUCAGCGCCUCGAUCUUUCUGCUGAGUGUCUCAUACCUGGGAACCUCACAACAAAGUGCACCAACAAUCAAGUACACUGCUUCUCUCGGUGGAGGUGCCAAAUGCCUCAGCGAGGUCAACGCUGCCCGUGGGGCAGCUGGGUUGAAGAAUUUUGCAGAGGCCACAAACGACAAAAAAUUAAGUGCUCCUUCAGAUGACCUAGAAAACGACACCGAGUGGAAAAAAGUUUGCGAGCACCUGAUCCCAACGCAAAAAGAACCCGUAGAGGCGACAAGUGGAACAAAUCCCUUUGAGAAAGGAACAUACGCUUUCAAGUCCCUAACUACUGCGGAACCAAACUGCAAGGAAAUAGUGAAUUACUGGAAGGCAGCCUUCAAGAAUUUCACUGGACUGCCGCCGUCAGAGAGUCAAGCUGGAGAUCUCUACAAGAGCUAUAACAAUGUCUCUUUUGUAGCCCUUUACAACACAUCAUCUAAUGCCACUGCAGAUUGUCAAGUCGUCACUUGCACUAAAACUACUACUCCUGGCGAUUCAUCGAUUCGCGACAGUCCAAGCGGAAGCCAAGAAUAUGGAUACGCAAUGAUUUGCAAAACAAUGCCCGCUGCCUUUGCAGACAAAAAUUCUGCUCCAUUCACGCAGGAUCAAUGGGACAGGAUCAUAUCCUCCCUUACAGGGUCAGCGUCAGCCGCCAUCCCAGGUUUCGGUGCAUUCUUUAUCGUAGUCUUAAGUAUGGCAGUAUUGUGA